AUGUCGUCAAACAACUACGACUCGUACAAUUACCCCUACCAUCAGCAGAGCUCUGCGCAGCAGUACUCUUCCUAUCAGACCGCGCCGGCCUCGAACACGAAUGCGCAAUCGUCGCGCCAGUACCAGCAGGCGCCCUCUACAUCGACGAAUCAACCUGCAGACUAUCUGUCGUAUCCUGGACCAUCUUACGGCUCGUCGAGCUCUGGCUAUGGCAACGCGCAGGACGACACUUGGAGUGAUAACAGCACUAGCUAUGGCACGACGAGGGACAAUGGCAGCCGUGCUGCAAAAGUUCUGCGCAAUAUGAGCAAUACAGGCUACUCGGCCACGACACCGACGCCCAGCCAGUCCGGCUUCACCGCGACGAACGCCGCCAACGCGCAAUACUCAGAACGGUCACCGCAAGUGCAAGCACAGCCAUCGCAACCCUUCCAUGCUACGUAUAGUCAGACUCAAGCCCGUCUGCAUAGCGUCAAUACCAACCAGGCACAAGCAUCAACGAGCAGAGGCCUUUCGUCACCUGCAACAGCGGCAGGCUAUCCUUUGCAGCGACCGCAGCAACAGUACCACCAGCAACAGGCACAACAGCGCACAGCUAGCCCUGCCCAGACUCAGUACGGUCAACAUAGCGCGACAGCAGCGAGUAGGAACGUUGCUAUGGCUGCAGUGGGAACCUCACAGCAACACACGAACUACAAUCGCCAGUUGCCUGAUGUAGACAGCUCGCAAUCUUCACAAUCUUUACAGGCUGCGACCUCGUACACGGCUCGACCACCUGCGCCGAUCGUCCCGCCUCACCCUUCGAGCAUACCCGAGUCAUACUCCGGUUCCAGUACCACAGUUGAUCCCACGGCGGUAUACGACCCGUGGCCGGAGAUUCAGAGACAGCAAGCUAUUAGGGAUGCAGAGCGUCGAGAGAGGGAGAAGAAAGAAGAGGAGGCUCUUAUGGAAAAAGAGCGAGCAGAAGAAGAGGAGUGCAAACAACAAGGAGCUGAAGAAGAGCCUCGGCAGGCGCAAAUGGCUGCCAGUCAGCCUAAGCCGAGAGCCAAGAACGCUGAGAAGCAGCAGGUACCUGCUGCCGCUGAAUCACCAGACCCGUCAACCGCUGGUGCAGUUCUAGAGGCAGAGAUCCGUGCCAUGAUGGCCAAAAUACGCGAGCUGAAUGGCAAGGAUCCUGUGCUGCUUGCACGGAUCUGGGAAGAAGAGAGGCGGGCCAAAGCUCCUAACAAAUCACCGACUCUGACAACUAAACCAGCACCUCAGGCAUCUAUUGUUCCGCCCAUAAUAGUACCCACUCCUCCGGUCGCAAAUCAAAGGAAGAUUGCUAAACCUCGAGAGUCUCUGAGCACACCGGUCAUAAAGCCGGCCACACCAGCUCAGGCUCGGCCUCUUCCAUCGAGAGUUCCAGCAGCAACACAUGUGCGGACUGGUGGUAAUACCGUCUGGCCGCCCGAGAAGAAGCUGGGGCUUGCAAAGGCUGCGGCGCAUUACCUCACUACUAAGAACCCCGCAAAACCAUUAGAGACUGGAGAGGUCCUCCAGAUGCUCAACGGCAACCCGUCCUACGUCCAAUUAUGUGAACAGCUGGAGCAGAUGGGCUUCAAACUGGAUCGUUCGAUAUUUGCAAGGAGCCUGCUUCUAGCCGUGCCGGAUGUAAAUGCAGCGUCUCGCAGAACCGCUCUGCAGCCCGUUCCUCCGGCUGCAGCAUUGAGGGCUCCAGCACCGCCUGCCGUUAUGAAGCAGCCCGCUCCUCUUGCGGUUAUGAAGAAUCCCAUUGCUACUCCCGGUGUCGCCCCUGGUCCACGUUAUGCGCCUGUUGCGGCGACACCGAUCAAUAAUAGGUCGUCUUACCCUCCUUUCCCUAAUGAUGAUUCUAUGGCAGCUCCUUCACCAAUCCCCGUCGCCGAGAUGAUCCUCAUUAAGCCGGAGCUUAAGCCGCCAGCCAACAAAGAGGAGGCUGCAAGGAAGCGCAAUUUGAGCGACCUAGUCGACUUGACGCAACUGGAUGAUGAGGACGACAUAGGGCCACUCAGGAAGAGGCUGAACGCAGGUUCGAUGUACGCCUACGGUUCAUCGUAUCCACACAUCAAUGAUGCUACGGGGGUUGGUGCGGCGCCGGUCAGCAACUUCCCCACGGCAAGUACUCCUGUGCCUGUGAUGGCCGAACCACCUUCUCGCCCCUUGCCAUCUAGCGAGACACGAUUCAGGUUGAUUGUCGAGCCUUUGGACAAGAAGAAGGCUCUUCGACGGAACACAUAUAACCCUGCCACGAUCGCUCGAGACGUGCUUUUGGCUUGUGGAAGGCAUCCAUCCGAACGCCAACUGAAUCAACAUCUUGAAGUGUUGAAGGUCAAUCUCCCGCAGAUAUCGUACGAAUCAGAUCUUAGUACGAUCAAGUGGAGUCUGAUCGAUCCUGGAACCCCACCGCCUGGAUAUUUCAAGGACAGCGUUCAGGCCUUGACCGAAGAUGCUGACGACGAGGAAGAUUCUGAAGACGAGGAGAGACACCAAACGGCGCGUCGGGGAUCGCUAUACGCGACUGGUGGGGAAAGUGCGAGAAACAUGGUCCAAGCGCUUCCCGAAGCAACCAACCCGUUCAAAGAGAAGCGACGCGAUCCUGCGCGUCACUCACUCCCCAACACGACGACACCGUCAACCCCAAGUCGCCAAACAAGCUCUGCGAACAUGAGCGCGAGUGCUCCGCGAUCCGCUGUUGCUGGAGUUGGAUACUCUGCGUUCCGCUCUGCGACUGAGUUCGGCCCUGAUGGCAAACCACUCCCUAAAAGGAAGGGUAGGCCAGUCGGUUGGCGCAAAGCGAUCCACGGCUCGAGUGCUGCACAGGAGCGCCCUGGUAUGAACGGCCAUACUGGAAAGCAUGCGCCUCGACAGCCCAGCACGCUGCGCGACGUAAGAGCGGGCGACGAGCCCACCUAUAUUGAUUCUCGUUCACCAAGCGUCUCUCGUGCUCCCCAGUACCAGUCGUUCAAAUGCAAGUGGCAGAACUGCAAGGCGGAGUUGCACAACCUCGAAACCCUGCAGAAGCACGUCUUCAAGGUCCACAACAAAGAGACCUUGCGCAACACUCUGGAGUGUCUGUGGGACGACUGUGGCAAAGAGAUUACCAGCUUCGAUCCCAUAUCUAAAACGAGCAUUGAGCGACACACUACUCACGCUUUUGGGGCCGAGAACGCGUGGCGCCAGCACAUUCAACGGACGCACUUCGACCCUCUGGCAUGGGAGCAGGGCGAUGGACCAGCUGGCGGGCUAUCUGAACAUGAUUCUGAAGCAUAUCUUCGCGAUGCUCAAGGUCGUCGUAUUACACCACGCAUUACAGCAAGUCCUGUGGACUAUGAGAUUGCUAUUUCACUACAGCAGCCUUCUGAAUUUACACUGCGCGGACGCGGCCGCCUGCCGAAAGACGUGCAGGAGCAAGAGGCUCGCGAACUACAGAAUCGUCUGGUGUCCCAAAAGCGGCGCAUGGGUGGACCAGGCAUGGACCGCGGAGGUGCCACACUCGUCAACGACAAACGCCGGAGAGGGCUCGUCGAUAGCGACGUUACGGAAGAGGAACUUGUCGAUGCAGAGGACUGA